CCCUAACACCGUUUGAUUGGACCGAGUCGUAUUAAUAGACGUCCCGCACAUGUUCUCAAACUCUCUCUGUUCCACCCCUGCCCCUCUCCCAUGCGAUCUUGAGUGUUCCAGACGGUUCCACCCCCGCUCCCCCCCACCCUGGUUUUAGAUGUGACCUCUAGGGGACUCGCGGGCAGUCACUACAUUUGGGGCCGGGGGGAAAGGGAUAGGUGACUGCACAAGCCGCGUCUGAAGUGACUAGUACCCGGUCUGGGGUAGGGACACACCGAGAGAAACGUUAAACCAGAACCCCUAGGAAGUGUCCGAUGUCCCGCUUCCGUUUUCAGCACUUGCCCCACUACACCUUGACUUUGUUCGUUCUUUUUUGGAUCUCUUCCUCUCGACAUGCAACCUUUAAAAUACGCCUUGAAAACCAGUCAGACUCUGAGGCAGAGUCCGUUGUCCUUGGUAAUCUGGCAGAUCUUCAGAACUUACAGAACAACAAGUAAUUUCAAGACAAAAGUAUAUCCAGACUUAGAAAAACAGCAAGAUAAUGGUGUCCAGAGGGAUUUCAGCUCCAGACUGGCUACAGGACCAACAUUUCAGCACUUUUUAAGAAAUGUCUUAACACCUCAAGAGGAAUCAGAAAAAUCUGAUUCCUCUGCAGCAGUAGAGGAUAUGCCCCCUUACCUUUCUACAGAAGCCCUUGUAGGAAAAAGGAGAAAAGUCUAUCUGGAGACAUAUGGCUGCCAAAUGAAUGUUAAUGAUGCAGAGAUUGCUUGGUCCAUUCUGGAGAAGAAUGGCUACUUGAGAACUAAGAACCUUCAUGAGGCUGAUGUGAUUCUUCUUGUCACAUGUUCAAUCAGGGAGAAGGCUGAACAGGCUAUCUGGCAUCGUUUAAAACGACUUAAAUCUGUAAAGGCCAGACGGCUCAAAUCACAAGUUCCUCUUCGAAUUGGGAUUCUAGGAUGUAUGGCUGAAAGGUUGAAAGAAGAGAUCCUGCAGAGGGAACAAUUGGUGGACAUUAUAGCUGGGCCAGACUCUUACCGGGAUCUUCCUCGACUGCUGACUUUAGCUGACUCUGGCCAGCGAUCUGCUAACGUUCUGCUUUCACUGGAAGAGACCUAUGCAGACAUCAUGCCCGUUCAGACAAGUCCAAAUGCCACAUCAGCAUUUGUGUCAAUUAUGCGAGGUUGUGACAACAUGUGUAGUUACUGCAUCGUUCCUUUCACACGGGGUCGUGAAAGGAGCCGGCCAGUUGCCUCCAUUCUGGAGGAAGUGAAGAAACUCUCUGAGCAGGGUCUGAAAGAAGUGACACUCCUUGGACAGAAUGUCAACAGCUACCGAGACAACUCAGAAAUCCAAUUCAAUAAUGCAGCACCUACUAAUUUAAGUCGAGGAUUUAGUACGAAUUAUAAGAUGAAGAAAGGAGGCCUUCGAUUUGCUGAUCUUCUAGAUCAGGUCUCCAGAAUCGAUCCUGAAAUGAGAAUUCGCUUCACUUCUCCCCACCCCAAGGAUUUUCCAGAUGAGGUUCUACAUUUGAUCCAGGAGCGGAAUAAUAUUUGUAAACAGAUCCAUUUGCCAGCUCAGAGUGGAAGCAGCCGGAUUUUGGAAAUCAUGAGAAGAGGAUAUACAAGGGAAGCUUAUUUGGACUUGAUUCAUCAUAUCAGAGAAUCUAUUCCAGGAGUGAGCCUCAGCAGUGAUUUUAUUGCUGGAUUCUGUGGAGAAACAGAAGAAGAUCACCUCCAAACUCUGUCCUUGCUUCGGGAAGUCCGCUACAAUGUAGGUUUCCUUUUUGCCUACAGUAUGAGACAGAAGACACGAGCAUAUCACAGGCUUCAGGAUGAUGUUCCAGAGGAGGUCAAACAGAGGAGGCUUGCAGAGUUGAUCACUGCCUUCCGAGAAGGAGCUGCAGAAGCCAACAUGGCUGUGGUUGGCCACACUCAGCUUAUCCUUGUGGAAGGGCCCAGUAAGCGCUCUACCACUGAGUUAUGUGGAAGGAAUGAUGGAAACAUUAAAGUGAUCUUUCCUGACAUCGAGAUGGAAGAUAGCAUUAACUCUGGGAGCUUAACCCGAGCCCAGCCAGGAGAUUAUGUAUUAGUGAAGAUCACCUCUUCCAACUCUCAGAGCCUGAAAGGAGUUGCUCUCUGCCGAACAUCUCUACAAGAGUUCUCAGCACGUUGCUGACCUGAAUUGACAUCCCCAAAGUUCUUCUGGAUGCCCUGUUAGUGAUGUUGUGAGAAGAUUCUUGUGGCUACAGAUUGUACUACAUACAAAUCUGGGGUCACUUCCAACUCUGAAAUUCUGUGAUAAAAUGGCACUUGAAUAGGUUUUGUCAAAGAGAAAUUGAGAAGUGACUGGUUAAAUAGUAAAAUUUCUCUGACAAGGAAUCAUCAUCAGUUAGGGAAGGAACUUUAUGUCAGAUGGAAAAAGAAUCUUCUGGAUUUACCUGUUACAUGGAAGCAUCUCUAAGAAUCACUAUUAAAUGAUUACCCUGUAGCUAAAA